AUGGAGUGGUGGCAGAAGGCGGUGGCGGUGCCGGUGAAGCGCGCGUGGAUCGUCGUCGCCGCCCGGCUGACGACGCGCCGCAAGAAAGACGACGGCGGCCACAGCGUGCUGGUGAAGCUCCACGACGACGUCCAGACGUGCGCGUACGAGGACGUGCAGGUGAUGUGGGAGAUGCUGCAGCGGGCCGAGACGGACAGGCAGGCGCGCGAGCCCUCGCCCAAGGGCGCCCGCGCGUUCGUCUGGCUGCGCCGCCACCACAAGAUGGACCCGCGCCGGCGCUGCUGA